AUGGCGGAGAAAAACGACCUCCAACGCGAAGAGACGCGGCCAGACUCUAUUCGCGACUUGAAGCAUGGUGGUGCCACCGCCGAAGCCAUCGAGGCAAUUCGUGCCGAGCACGAGCUCACCUUUGGAGAGGCCCUGAAGCUGUAUCCCAAGGCCAUUGCCUGGUCGGGCUUUGUGUCCAUUGGUGUAAUCAUGCUUGCCUUUGAUCCCCAGCUUAUCGGAAAUCUGUAUUCGACACCUCAGUUUGCUCGUGACUUUGGGCACUUGUACAAGGGAGAUUGGGUGAUUGAAGCUUCCUGGCAGACCGCUCUCUCAAUGGGCAACCCAAUCGGCCAAGUUCUCGGUGCACUCUUCGCCGCUUACCCCAUGGAUUACUUUGGUCGAAAACUCACCUUUGCCGCCUGUGUCAUCCUCACCGCCGGCAUCGUCUUUAUUCAGUUCUUCUCCAAGACUCUCGGCGUUCUUCUCGCCGGAGAAUUACUGGCUGGUCUCGUUCUUGGAAUGUUCGUCGUCAUUGCGCCAGCUUAUGCCUCCGAGGUCUGUCCCACCGCGCUUCGUGGUCAUCUCACCUCAUUCGUCAACCUUUGCUUCGUCAUCGGUCAACUGCUAGGAAACGGUGUCACUGCUGGUACGUCCAAGCUCGAAAACCACUGGGCCUACAAGAUCCCUUUCCUGCUUCAGUGGUUCUGGAUCCUCGUCAUCCUCCCUGGUAUGGCCUUCAUCCCGGAAAGUCCAUGGUGGUUGGUUCGCAAGAACCGCUUGGAGGACGCUGAAAAGUCGCUGCGGCGUCUGGCAUCGCCCAAGGUGAAUGUUCAAGCUACUUUGGCUUUCAUCGUCGAGACCGAUCGUUUGGAGCUGGAACUCGAGGCUGGCAGCACAUACUGGGAUUGCUUCAAGGGUGACAACUGGCGCCGAACUGAAAUUUCCAUGGGUGUUUAUUGCACUCAGGUCCUCAGUGGUAUCUACCUCAUCAACUAUGGCACCUUUUUCUUUCAGCAGGCUGGUCUUCCUACCGCCCGCGCCUUUGACAUGUCCGUUGGAUUCUUGGCCGUUGGUUUCGUCGGAACGCUCGUCUCAUGGGGUCUCAUGCUCAAAUUCGGUCGCCGCACGCUCUUCGUCUCGGGUCUCGCGAUGCUCGUCGUCCUCCAGUUCGUCAUCGGCAUUCUCGAUUGCGUCCCCGGUCGACCUUCCGGUGCCAUCUGGGCCGAGUCGUCCCUCAUGCUCAUCUGGAACUUCUUCUACGACAUCUCCAUCGGCCCCGUCUGCUUCGUCUUGCUUGGUGAAUGCUCCGCUACGCGUGUCCGCUCCAAGACAAUUGCUGCCGCCACCGCCGCUCAGGGACUCCUGGGCAUCGUCAUGACCGUUGCCAUUCCGUACAUGAUCAACCCGGAGCAGGCCAAUUUGCAAGGCAAGCUGGGCUUCUUCUUUGGCGGCCUUGCUCUCAUCUGCCUGGUUUGGUCUUAUUUCCGCGUUCCCGAGACUAUGGGCCGUACCUUUGAGGAACUUGAUCUUCUGUUCGACAAGAAGGUGCCUGCGAGGCAAUUCAAGGGCUAUAGGCUGGAGGGCGCGGUGUCGGCCGGCGCGGCGUGA